AUGAGUUCGUUGGACGGCGAAGUCCAGGUCAUAAAUCUGGAGCAGAAAUUGCGUAGUGAUGCCAUGAAAGGAAAGUGGUCAGAAGUAUCUGCAACUUGCAAGCAAGAGAGGGCGCUUUGGAUGGCCAAGAUAACAGGGACGGGAGAUACAGUUUUACACAUGGCUGUGUGUUACGGGCAAACGAACGUGGUGGCAAACAUGGUUGAAUUCUUAGUUGAACAAGAAAACAGUCCCGCCCAAGAUGAUGUGGCGGUUACAGUGGAUGAAAAUGGUGAGGAAAGCUGGAACGUGAAAGCUGUUCUUGGCGCCGAAAAUGAUAGAAAGAACACUCCAUUGCACCUUGCAGCAAUAAGAGGAGAUGUUAAAAUGUGCAGGAAGAUGGGUGACGGAGACCCCUCUUUAAUUGCUCCUCGCAACAUUGAUGGCGAGACACCCCUUUUCUUAGCGGCUCUCAAUGGCAACAAAGAAGCUUUUCUUUGGCUUCAUUAUCUGUAUGUGGGAACCCAUGAUGUUUCUUCGACCGACUUUGAUCAAUGUAUAAGGAACAACAACGAUGAUACCAUUCUUCAUUGUGCAAUUGCAGAAGGGCAUUCUGAUGUGGCAAUUGAAAUUGUUCACCUUUAUAAAGAUCAUCUGAAAGAGAUGAUGAUGCGUAACAAGGAAGGGUUGUCUCCCCUUCAUCUUCUAGGAGCAAAGCGUUCAGCUUUCAAAAGUACUGCCCUCCUUGGACGAUCAGUCUUUGUUCGUCUAAUUUGUCGGGUUUUAAGAGUUAAGAAGAAGAAGCACGCCACGACGAUGGAAGAAUUGGAGAAACGUGAAGGCGAACUAUGCGUCAGGGACCUCUUGCGCGCAUCUGUCAACAACUUUGUUAGAGAUCGUCUUGAUGAUGAUCAUGACGACGAUGAAGAAUGCUCUUUGGCCAUGAUGAUUGGGGAUACACUUUUGUGUCUGCUUGUGGCUUUGAUUUUGUCUCCUCUAGGCGUCCUAAUGAUCUUUGAGGAUUUUUGUUUAUUAGCAGAGAGGUGGCUGCGUCGGAUACGAAAAAUGAAGGAGAAGCACACAUGGUCGCUUCAAAUAAUGAACGAACUUCUUCAACAUGCUUCUGAGGAAGAUAUGUCACAAAUAAUAUCAAGAACCACCUCUGAGCAGCUUUCACUUCUCCAGCAACCAGAACAGAGUUAUGAGAGGGAGUCAAUGGCGAUGCCACCAUCUGGUACAAUAACAAUUGAGACACCCUUAAUGAUUGCCGUGAAGAAUGGUGUGGUGGAAAUGGUGAAGAGGAUUUUGAAGUUCUUUCCAUCAAGUAUCAAGGAUGUGAAUAUUAAGGGGAAAAAUGUAGUUAUGCUGGCAGUAGAACAUAGGCAAACGAAGGUAUUCUGGUUUUUGUGCAAACAAAAAAGGCUAAGUGAAAGUCUGUUUUGGCAAGUAGAUAAAGAGGAAAAUAAUGCAUUGCACUUGGCAGCAAGGCUUGGAGUGGAGGCUGAUUGGCUAAAUCCUGGGGAAGAAUUCAUUAUGUCAAGAGAAAUCAAUUGGUUUGAGUUUGUGAAGGAUUCAUUGCCCCCUGAUUUGUUGAAGAGAUAUAAUAGGAAAAUGGAGACCCCAGAUGAUAUCUUCAAAGAGAGUCACAAAGAACUUAUGAAAAGCGAGAGCAAGUGGGCGACUAAAACCUCACUAGCAUGUUUUAUGGCAUCAACCCUAGUUGCAUCCGCAGCCUUCACCACAUGCACCAAUGUGCCAGGUGGUUAUGAUAACAAGGGCUAUGCAAUCCAUAGGAACAAACCAGGAUUCCAAAAGUUUAGAGACUAUUCAUUUUCGGCCCUCUUCUUAUCCCUCAUUUCCACUGUCAGCUUCCUGUCUAUAGUUGCUUCUCCUUCCCAAUAUGUUCACUCUUGGAGAUACAUUCCUUCCAGGCUUCACGGUGGCAUGCUCGUUAUGUUCGCCUCCAUUGUUCUUAUGUGGGUCUCUUUCUGUGCUGGUAAUUUUGUCACGCCUGAUAAGGACAAUCAAACAUUGCACCUUGUUUUUCUAAAAUACUGUGUGUCCUCAUUGGAGAUCAUCCUUUUGGUUAUCAUGCAACUCCCCGCAUUGUCUCUUCUUGACCUGAUUCCUGGCCCUAGACGCAAGGACACUCGUCCCGUUGAGUACCGAAGGACCAACAAUACAGAUAUUUAA